UGCUUGUGUGUUCACAUUGUCCAAAGGCUCUGUGGCUCUAGCAUUCUUCAGAAUCAUGCCAGACUCAACUUCCAAGGAGCCUGAAGCUUCAACUCCCCGGGGUGCAGUCCCUACUGCUCCAGCUGCUGAAGGCCCCACUGAUUCAUCCUUUGGUGAACAAAACCUUAGCUUCACCACCACAGACCUCAGCCUGGUGGAGAUGACAGAAAUAGAAUACACACAACUUCAGCAUAUACUCUAUUCCCAUAUGGAGGCACAAGCAAAUGAAAAUGAAGCAGAUAACAGAUUAAAUGUGAACUGCUUCUCAGCCAACAACCCCGUGAACAACCCACAAUAUCUGUCGUCAUGCAAUACCAGUCAAGGUAGCAGUUCGUCAAACAGCUCCGGCAACCAGUCACUAUACCCCAUUAUUUGCCAGUCUGGCGUCGCCUCUGAUAGCAGUUUCAUGGGUCCCAAUCAGUGCCUUGGACAUAUUGAUUUCCAGGAGCUGAGAAUGAUGUUGCUUAGUGAGUCUAACCUUCCGCUCAACCAAGCUGAAAAAACACCUAAUGGUAGCUCAGUAGAUGCCACCGGGCAGAGUUUAGCGAAAGGUAAACAUACUGAAAACAUGGGUGGAAUAAAUUUGGAAAAUUCAGCAGCAGGUCCUGAAUCCAGAACCAAAUCCGCAGUCCGUGUUCGGUUGGAAGAUAGGUUCAACAGUGUCCAGGCUGAAAUUCCAAGGUGCCAAGAAUCACAGGAAACUGGAGUAGCCAUUAACAAUUUAGUAACCCUCAUUCGCCAUCCUUCCGAAGUGAUGGGUGUUCCUCUCCACCAGCAGCAGAACAAAUGUACCACGCUAGUGAAAAAUAAGACUGCUGCCACAACUACGACGGCAUUACAGUUUACGUGCCCACUGUUUAACUCAAAUGCUACUUCUCCUGCAACUGUAAAUGCAAACCAGUUACAACAGAGCUCUGGAACAUCUGUUUUGGAAGCUGCUAAGCAUCAAGACCUUGGCUUACCUCGGACUUUUUCAAUCUGUUACCAGCAGGAGAUUGAAGCAACAAAACAGACUGUCGGGCCUAGAAACAAGGCUCUGCCUGAACACGUUUGGAUUAAAGUAGGAGGAGAGGCUUUGUGUAAGCAAACGAUAAACAAAAGGAGCCGCAGCCGAAUACAGACGCUGGACACCAGCAUGCAGCGCAAGCCCCUUGGGGACAUUCAGAACGUGUGUGACAGCCAAAGCCAAAGUGCUGGACCGGCCCAGGGUGCCUGGCAAGCAGCACAGCCCUCUUCAAGUGCCUCCACGCAAAACGGAAGCCAAGGAGGUGUCUCUCAGCGUCGGGAGAGACAUAACCGAAUGGAGCGAGACAGAAGGCGCAGAAUCCGGAUUUGUUGUGACGAAUUGAAUCUUCUGGUUCCUUUCUGUACUUCAGACACUGACAAGGCAACAACUUUACAAUGGACAACAGCGUUUCUAAAAUACAUUCAAGAAAGACAUGGGGAUUCUCUGAAAAAGGAAUUUGAGACUGUAUUCUGUGGUAAAACCGGCAGAAGACUAAAAUUGACAAAAUCGGAUUCAAUAGGAACGUGCCCAGCGCAGGAGAUUUCACAGAAUAGUACAUCCAUGGAGAUUAAAUAAUUCGCGAACUCCAUACUCAGUUGUUGCUAGACAGUGUGAACACCCAAGAAUUUGCGUGAGCUUCUGUUUCCAAAUUCAUUUGCUGGAUUUUUCGUGACUGAAAAAAGGUAUCGACAUUGAAGAAAGACACAUGCUAUUCAAAACAGUGAGGAAAAAAUUACCGACAAUGUUUAUUUAUCAGUGCUGCUCCCAAGAUGGGCCUUUCAGAAGAGACAACAGCGCAAGCACGUAAACCU